AUGAGUGACAUAACCCUCAAGCACGCCAGACUCGGCUCUAUAAAGUGCCUCCUCGAUUCCAGCCAUCCGCUUGUCAAAAUCUCAGGCCUGCCAUACGGAACCAUAUCCCAACGAUUCGCGCGUUCAGAGCUUCUGCAGGACUUUGCUUCCGCACCAAGUGAAUUAAAAAAGAGAUAUAAAAACGGCGUUUUUGAUGCAACAGCCCCCGGGCCAUCCAGCAUCCAGCCAUGGGACGAAGAACAAUCAGAAAACUGUCUGAACGUGUCCAUCACUCUACCCCAAGCUUGUCUCGAUAGCGACCAAAACUUGCGUCGCGAUGCAAAACUACCAGUCCUCGUAUUCAUCCAUGGUGGUGCGUUUUUUCUCGGAUCUGCAAAGAGACCAUACUACGAUGCAACGAAUCUGAUGCGUCAUGCCAUCCAGCGAGAAACACCAGUCGUCUUUGUAGGGAUCAACUACCGUCUCGGUGCGCUUGGUUUCCUGCAUUGUCCUGGCGCAGGGAAUCUCGCACCAGAGAACAAUGGACUACACGAUCAGGACCUUGCUUUCGACUGGUUGCGCGAAAACAUCGAAGAUUUCGGCGGUGAUGUUGGAAAUGUGACUGUAAUAGGACAAAGUGCCGGUGGAGAGAGUAUAUCCGUAAAGACGAUGCGGAAACCGCUGUUCAAACGCGCGAUCAUGUUUUCUGGAACGCCGGUCACAAUGCCGAGCAUGACGCAUGAGGAACAUGGGGCGAACUUUUCCGAGCAGGCCGAGAAGCUGGGCAUCCGUGUGAAGAACGAUGACGGUGGGGAUAGAGUUCCAGGGGAAGUGGCCAGAGAAAUGAUUGAUAUCGACGUGGGCAAGAUUAGGGAGCUGGCUUGGGUUGGAUUACCUUGCGCGAACAGUACAUUCUUUCCCGUUGAGCGGCCGACUAUGGAGUUGACGAAAAAGGGCAAAUUGGCUCCGGAAGACUGGCAGAAGUGGGCGAAGCCUGUUGAGGCGCAGAUUGUCGGAUCCACUACCUACGACGGUGGGAUAUCGUACAACAUGAUGAGCAAAGACAAGAGCCGUAAAGAGCACGCCAAGAGCUUUGCACACAUCGCGGAGGACGUUCUAGGCGCAAAGAGCGGGAAAGAGUUGUGCGAAAUAUACGGAUUGACAAGCCAUAACGAUGAUCCCGAUGCCCUACAACGUAUUUGUCUGUUCGAAAGCGACAUUGGGUUCUUCGCUGCGGCAUUGAGCGUCGCUGAAGGCGACUUGGUCGAAAACACAUAUUUCCAGGUCUUCGACCUUCCCAAUCCGUUCCCUGGGCCUAUCCGUGAUCAAGGCGCUUUCGCAACGCACACGUUCGACAUUGUAACAUUACUUGGUGGCGUUCAUGAAGAUCGUUUACCAGAAACAUACACACCUGUGGUUUCAGAGUGGCGUGACAGGAUCCUGGACUUCGCGAUCAAGGGGACACCGCCGUGUGCGAGAUAUAUGGCUGGCAGAGAACGCAAGGCUUUGCUCGUGGAUGAGCAUGGUGUUGAGGAGGUGGAAAGUAAACGAUAUCUUGAAAACCAUGAAAAAAGGCGUCAAAGGCUAUUCGACCUAGCUGACCGGGUGGCGGGUGAAGCCGGACGUGAUGUGUUAUGGGUUGAUGUAUGUCGGCGGUUUUUGAUGAAGGGCGAGUAG